UUCAAAACCCCAAAGCUGGGCCUUUGGAGGGCCCGAUCGCGCCUAAACCGGCCUCAGCGAUGGUACAAAUGGCCAUUCUCUCCCUCAUGACUGGCGGGGCACCCUGAAGGGGAAGCGGCCCAGGACUUAGGAACCUUGUCCCUUGAACCAGCCUGGAGAGGACUCAGCGAAGAGCAGGAGCGGCCAGUAGCCCUCCCUGCCCCACCCCCACCGCCCAAACUCGCAGUGACGGGGACGCAGACUGCGGGGCUGUGGAUGCACUGGAUGUGCAUGCCUUUGGAGGUCGUAAAGGGCCCUCUGUGAUGGAACAGAUCUCAAUCCGCGCGCGCCCCACCCCACAAGGCCAGGGCCUCGUCCUUGUAAAAGCAUCAGGGAUUUGGAAAAACUCCCAAAACCGGCUGAGGGGGUCUCUGAUUUCACGCCCCUUCUCUAAUAAGGGGGGCACUGCUAGAUGCUGAGGGACCCAAUGUUUGGAAGUUACGGAUCCCUUGGCUCAAAGGGGUCUUCGUGAUUUUGCAAGUAUUGUUGGCCCUCGGUGCAGAAGAGACCUGGGAACUUUCAGAACUGCGGUUGGUGGUUCUUAGAAGCCACCCCACUGUGCUGAGUAAAUAGCUGGCUCUCUGUUUUCCAGCGUUGCCUCAGGGAACACUUUACCCAGUCUGUGCCCUGCAGGCUUCACUUCCAGGACUGACCUUAGGUGUCUUGUCCAUCUGGUGAGGAUGGGGAGGCAGAAAGCACCCUGAGGCUUUGAUUGCCAUUUGCCUCAAAAAUGGAACUAGGCAUUUUCAUACCUGGAGAAGUUGCACCUCUAUUAAUUAGUAACAGUUCCAGUGUGGUUUCUGAGCAGACUCUAUAUGUCCUGUACCAUGCUAUGUAUUAUUUAGCAUUUUCAACCUAUGAGGGAUGCUGAAGAUGCAAUUUAUGGAAGGAAUGGUUAUGAUUAUGGCCAGUGUCGGCUUCGAGUUGAGUUCCCCAGAACUUACGGAGGUCGGGGUGGGUGGCCCCGUGGUGGGAGGAAUGGACCUCCUACAAGAAGAUCUGAUUUCCGAGUUCUUGUUUCAGGACUUCCUCCCUCAGGAAGCUGGCAGGACCUGAAGGAUCACAUGCGAGAAGCUGGGGAUGUCUGUUAUGCAGAUGUGCAGAAGGAUGGAAUGGGGAUGGUUGAGUAUCUCAGAAAAGAAGACAUGGAAUAUGCCCUGCGUAAACUGGAUGACACCAAAUUUUGCUCUCAUGAGGGUGAAACUUCCUACAUUCGAGUUUAUCCAGAGAGAAGCACCAGCUAUGGCUACUCACGGUCUCGGUCUGGGUCAAGAGGCCGUGAUUCUCCAUACCAAAGCAGGGGUUCCCCACACUACUUCUCUCCUUUCAGGCCCUACUGAAACAGGUGAUGGGAAUUUUUUCUUUAUUUUUUAGGCGAACUGAGCUGCUUUGUGCUCAGAAUUUACAUUCCAGAUUGAUGAUUUAGUGUCUUAGAAAAUUUUUUUAAUUUUUUUUUUAAGGAAAUAAAAUUACAUUAAUUUCUACCAGGGCCAUAUUAGCAGUGAAACAUUUUCAACUGCAGAAAUUGUGGUUUUGGUUCAGAAACAAGUUGUAUAUUUUUCACCCCUGAUUAUGGGAAAAAAAAAAAAAAUCAGUGCUGUGUCUUUGUGGGUUGCUCUGCUAUGGAGAUCAGCAGUUACUGUGACUGAGUGGACCCAUUCUGUUUAGAAAUAUAUUUUAAACGUUUCAUAAUUGA